CACCUCCAAGGAGCACUCAUCGGAAGAGAAUGAGCCUUGAUAAUAAUGGAUUGUCAAACCCUAUCUUAGAGAAACUGAGUGAUUUUCAGGAAAAACAAAAGGAGUUGUUCACUUUUGUAUUGAGUAAAAACAAUGAAAUAUGCCAAGCUAUUGAUGAACUUAAGCAUCAAUUUGCCCCAACUCCUCUGGACUUAAAUGGAUAUACUAGGAAGAAAAGGGAACGUAAAAGUUAUGUAUGUUCAAAGAGUAGUAGCUUACUUCCCUCCGUUCCAGAAGAACCUGUAGUUUCAAUUGAGGAAAAAUAAAAAGGAAAUGAAGUUCCUGAUGAUCCUUAAGAAGAAAAUCAAACAAGCUCAUGGUUUAGUUGAGAAAGAAAGAGAUGAAAAGAACAAACUUCUUGUGAAAGUCACCGAUCUUGAAAAAGUCAUCAAACAACUACAAUUCAAAGUUGAACUCCAUUCUUCCAUUGAGAAGGAUAUUUCAAAGAGAAGGUCGCACACUAAGCGUAUGAAUAUGGUUGAGUUUGGCAUGCAAACAGAGGACAUAGCUCGAGAUGACUCGAUAGCCCCUGAAGUCACCCAGGUCAGUAGGAUUGAAGAGAAAACACAAAUUUUUGAGAUAGAGCCUCAAGAAAUUCCUUUGCUCAAUCUUGAAUCCCCAAACAGAAAUACAGAAGAUGAAGAGGUCAAAGAGAUCGUUAUAGAGAAAAUAAAGGAAGAAGAAAAGUGUUUUCAACAAAAAUCAGAGAGAAAUGAGCAUCUUAAAUUGAAGAAAAGCAGAAGUAUAGGAAAACUGCUUCGAGCAAAAUUAAAGAACAAAUUAUAUCGCAAACCUAAAAAGAGGAACAAUUCACAAAGUGAUAUCUUGAGUGAAAGGUUCAAUGGAUCACAUCCUAAGUAUAAUCAGCUACUUUCUCUAGUUGAGACCCUUUCGACUGAGAACAAUCUUAAGAAAGGCAAAAAGGGGAAACAUACUAAUACUAUGAGAAAAUCUAAUAGAGCUUCUACUCCGAGGGACAUAGGAUUAGAUAAGAAUGAGCCAAACUUAAAAUCAUCGAAGAUUCUAAAGAAGAAAAGUACCAUGUCAAAGGAGAAGCUUAUCAACAAGAGAUUUAGCAAAGGAACUGCUGCUGUGAGGAACGGUAGCAAAAGAAGAGGUACAGAUUUCUAUAAUUGGAAAACCCAUACUAAGGAGAAGGACAAGUUCUGGCAAGACCAAGUCCAUAGGCUAAUGCAAGAGACCAAGAACUACAAACAACUACACUUUAGCCAAAAGCAAGAAAUGAGCAAGUUGAAGAGACAAAAUGAAGACCUGAAAAGAAAAUAUCUUAUCUUCAAAAAGAAAGUCAAGGAGAUCAGAGAGACCAACUCUAAGAUGCCUAAGCCACAGGAAUACGAGUAUGAUGUCAAAGUUAUCAACCAGAAUAUGGAUCGACUCACACAAAGUCAAGAGUCAUUAUUUGAUUCAGGAAGUAAACAGACAACAAGUCAAUACAGAGAAGAGCCAUAUAGCAUUUUCAUCAGGAGUUCUAGCUCAGUUCAAAAUGUAACAGUAGAUAUUAAGGAUUCUAAAGAUGGUCACAGUAUUGGAUCAUCAAAAAUGACUUCUCCUAUAAAAUCCAAAAGGAAGAAGAUAAAGAAGAAGAGACAGAGGCUUAAAAAGUCUGAUUAUUUAACCCGCAAGAGAAGUACCUCAAGGUGUAAUUCUGCUAAAAAGCUGAACAUCAACGAUAGUAUGGCUGAUUGCAACGCUGCAACUAUAAAGAACCUUUCUAUGAGCUUUGCUAUAAAAUAAAUUGUUGAUUCAUUA